AUGGUCACAAAGGUUUCGGAGUGCAAUUGGUUUCUACUGUUUGACAUUGCUCUCAGUCAUGGGGAGUCUCUGCGCCGACAGGAGUUAUCUUUUGGCGGCUUGAUGACACUGCUGCGGUCUGCUGGGCUCUUGGGACCAAAUACUGGAGUAUAUCAAGUCCUUCUUGAAACCCUUUGGCAGUAUCAUGGACAUCCAUCACAUCCUACAGAAGAUUUCGAUAAUAAUAUUAAUAGUACUAAUAAUAUUGUUGCAAAUAAAAUGAAAAAUGUGCAUGAACUAACAGUAAAUUUUGAUGGAUUUAUUGAAAUUAUGAAUGUUGUUUGUGUAAGAUGCUUUCAGACACAGCGUUACUCUGAACUUGUUGAUGAGAGUCGUCCUCUUUCAGAGGCUGUUGUUUUGUCUGCUGAAGAUCAAGUAAAACUGAAGGAAAGUGUUAUAUUUACAUCACGCCGUUUCUUCAAACCCCUGAUAAAUAGAAGCAUUGUCUUGAAAAGGAUGGUGGUAUCAUUAGACUCUAUGAAGAAUAAUUGGACUCCUUAUACCAAUCAAUUAGUGACACAUAUCAUCGCCUCAUCAAUUGAUUCUAUCGUUUUACCACUUUUCUACCGUUAUGCGGAGAAUGGUCGGGUAUUUCGCCCUGCCUUUGAGAAAAUGAUAGCAGAUAUUUUUCCACAUUUUUCACCUGUUCAGAAAAAAAGUGCGGUAUCUAUUUUUGAUUACCGAGAAUUUUUUGGUAUCCAUAAUUUGAUGAAGUACUGUCGACUGAAAUUACGUGAGGGCGUAACUACGGCUUUGGAACUAGACUCCUUUGCAGAGGCUCUUUUAAUGUUAGGGAUUGUAGCGUUUUCUGAUGAGGUACGUUAUGAACACCAUCGUCCACUUACAGCCAAAUUUUGGUCUGUUUUUGAAGAUUAUUAUAGUAAAUUUAUAGGGGUACUAAUGGUGCCAGAUCCACUUUUUGAUAAUAAAUACGCUGUUAUUCAACCAGCUAUAAGUCUUGUAUUUCCAUUAAGAGUUCCUCUAGACAAGGUUUCAUCCUUUAUAAUUGGUGGAUGGAAUUUGACAGUUGAAGAAUACCGUAGAGAAUCUCUUAACUCUGUAAACGAUUACCCUCCGUGUAUUUUAGAAAUUCCUGAGGAAAAAGAUAGUAUUAAUGAUUUAGACGAUCGUCGUCUUUCUGGACUUACACCAUCUUCUUCUGCGAGGUUGGCAUCUAAAUUAUUUGAUGAGGAGUUGGAUCGUCCAACUUUUUCAAAGCAUGAUUUACCACUUUACGGCAUGAAACGCUGUAAAGUGUACGUGAACCAAUAUCGGGCUACCGCGUUUCAGCGGGGUCCUAAUCAUGUGGAGGUGGUAUUGCCCAGAUCUCUAUGGGAUAUUUCCAUUCGCAAUACACGCAUUGAUUUUGUAGAAUCAGGUGGAGAAGGUAAACUGACAUUAAGUCCUAUGACAAGAGUUGUUGUGUCGCUGCGGGGUAUUAAUGAGGAUGUAGUAUAUAGCUCUAAGGAUGUUCUCCUUAUGUCGACUCCACUAGUGGAAUCUAUUUCAGUGACACAAUUACAAGAGUUAAAAACAGUUUUUUCCCGUUAUGCUACUGAUGGAAUGAUGCAAAUGAAUCAAUUUGAUAAAGCAUGUGAUGAUUUAUUUCUUACAACUUUAGGUACCAAAGAUGGUGGUUGCUCCUUAUUUUUACAACGAUAUUUAGAGACAAAGCAGGCUGAAGGAUCUAUACAAAGUGACGAUAUUACCUGCAAGAAGAAUUGUAUUUGUUUUUCAGAAUUUGUUUCUGCUGUAGCAACUUUAGUUCUUCAACAAAUGGAUACAAAUGGGUAUCUCCCCAGUAUUCCUUAUAUUCUUUCUGUUGCUUUGUCACGUGCAACUCAGAAGUUACCAUCUCUAGUUGAGAAGAAACGUACGAGUUGUGUGUCAUUAACUCCACAACCACCACCAAAAUCAUCAACCUCAUUAUCAUGCCCCCACAAUGCUAGAGUUGAUGUGCCGUAUACUACCGCUCUACAAAGGAGAGCGUCUUCUACCCGUUUAUAUGAUGAUGUUGAAACUGCGAUGAGAGAGGUAGGAAAAAAGAAAUGUUUGAUUCCGCCUCUUCCCUGCUUUCCUCUAGAAGCCAGAACAGUUAGUGUUGUCUCUCAGUAUAACGAUGACAUGAAUGGACUUCACGAAAAAGUGGUGAAAACAUCUGAAGCACUUCGUGAGAGCUUCCUAAAAAAAGAAAUGGUGGUCUCUUCACAAGGAUACAAAACAGAGUAA